ACUCCAGGCCAGAGGACGACAAUGACAAUAGCCUUCAAACUGCAAUUGCAGAUAUGAAAAGAACAGCAAACCGGGAAGCCACGUAAAAGAAGAGACGCGAGUAUCUGAUCGGAGUCAAGACCAUUUUGUUUGAACUUGGCAUCAUCAUACUAUCGUAUUUUUCGAUACUGAACUCCUGCGUUGAAGUUCAAUGAAGAACAAGUAUCUUCCUAUUCCAGUCCCCUGCGCGAACACCUUGUUGCAGAAUUGCCUUGUCAUUUUUACUGUGCUGGUGGCGUUGGCUGCGGCUAUGACUGGCUGGUGCCCGGUCAGCUGCCUCUGUAACGACCAGCUAGUGGUCCACUGCUCCGGACAAGGGCUGUCCGAGGUGCCCCUGAACUUACCCCUGGCCACAAGGCAGCUGCUUCUCUCGGACAACAAGAUCACGGAGCUGCCGACGGUGCAGCUCAAUUACCUUUCCGACUUAGUGUACCUGGACUGCAGUAAUAACUCGCUGUACCACCUCUGCGAAACGACUUUCAUCAACCUGAAGAAGCUUGCAUAUUUGGACCUCUCUUUUAACAAGCUGGUUCAAGUGGACGACCGGAUGUUCGUCGCCCUGGCUAGCCUGGUGGUCCUCCGGCUGACGGAUAACCCCGGGCUGCGCCAGAUGCACGUUGACGCCUUCGCGGAGAACUCGGCUCUGCAGGUGCUGGACAUAAGCAGGAAUAACCUGACCCUGCUGAACAUCUCGACCCUGAUCACCCUGCCCGCCCUCAGGUCGAUCGGGGUCAGCGGGAACCCCUGGGAGUGCGGGUGCUCCAACGAGGACCUGUGCCUCUGGAUGCAGGUGGAAGACUACAAAUUCCAAGACGACGAGAGCACGCUGUGCCGCGGGCCGGCUCCGCUGAGCGGGAUGCGUCUCUCAGAGCUGGGGUUGAAGCUGCGGGUCGAUUGCCACCAGGGCCUGGACAGCUGGGACUACCUAUUCCUGCUCACUGUGGGCUUCCUCAUCUUCUCCGGGGGCACGGUGUCAGCCUGGGUGAUGGGUGUGGUCAUGUUGCUGUACGAGCGCUGGGAGAACAAGCAGGAGAACGAGGAGGGGGAUGAAGAGGAGGGGUCCGGCGGGGAGAAGCAGGUUAACGGAGACCUCAACAAACCCAUCCAGCAGGUCUGAGUGGGGCUCCCCCACACCCUCCCGAGGACUGUCAGAACGUGCAAUAACAUUCAUUUAUUGAAUCAGGAGGGGCUCUUGAGACACAAGGACAGUCUCUUCACACAUUCGUCAUUAUUUGCACUAGGCAGGGGAAGUGGGUACCCUGUAUAGGAGCUGCUAUGCUGCUGUGACUGAUGCACGUAUACCUCGAUGUGCAGAGAGGAGGGGUGAUGUAUACUCUCCCUGUUCAUUUCCCAUAGGGCACUGAGAUACGCAGGACAAAUAAUGGGUUGGCCCACUCCAUCUCACAUAGAGGGUGUGGGAGGUACCAUCAAAGGGGUAAGAGUGUGCAUAAAGUACAGAACUAGUGGCACAGAGCUCACCCCAAUAGGAUUUGCAGGGUUCUCCCAGACAGCUCCACUUCCUACUUCCCAUACAAUCGGUGGGGUACAAAAUCUGAUCAGGCUGACUAUAGUGAAUGAGGGAACCUUUGACAAUGGCAUGGGGCUGUGAGACAACAGCAGGUGGAGCGCUUUUCUUCCCUAAGAUAGUCUGAAGGGAACCCUGGUCUGUCUGUGAAGUAUUCCACUAUGCACAGCUAGCUAAGGCAAGGCUUCAGACUGGCACUAGCCCUGCAUCCAGCCCUUUCAGUCAUGAUAGGUAAGACAGUUGAUCUGACAGACUUGUUUCUGGCCCAGCUGCAGUCUGCACCUUGCUCUGCACUCUCGGGUGCUUCCCUUCAUUAAAAGCCCAGUGCAAAAAAUGCAGUUGUUUAAUUAAUUGGUGUAUAACAUUACUACAUGCCAACUUUGUACAUUUCCUAAUAAAUGUGAGCAGAAUUAGUCUGAGGUGCUGUUGCUCAUUGCUCUUUCUUGGGUUUGGUUUCCCUCAGGAUCAGGGCUGAUGGAACCCUUAUUGUGUAUUGGGCUUGGGAUCCUUUCAAUCAUUUACCAUCAAUAACUAUGCUAUUGUCACCUGUUACCGUCACUUUUCAUGUUUUAUUUCACUAAUCCUUUCUUACCGACAGCUCUGAUGUGUGUUGUUAAUUUGUGCCCUUAUAAAAGUUUACCGCAGUAAAUUUGCAGUGUUUUUGCAGUUUUCUCAUGCUUUUCCCAUGGCUAUACGAUGCAUUUACAAUGGUUUACUGUGGUUUGUCGUGUUUCUUCAUAUUCUUUAACAUC